AUGACUGGCUCAAACUCAUACCGGCCGAGGCACUCCCAUCCGAUAAAUGGUCUCUCCCUCAUUCCCCAACACGUCCUAAACUCGAACCGGAACACCCCGUCUCCGCGCCUCAGCCGCCCAGCAGUCGAUCCUUUCAAAGCCUUUACUGCCAAUGAUCUCGACGGUUUCGUCGACAGUAUCACCAGUAAAAUUCGAAAUGCCCUCCUGGGUAACACCCCCACCGAUCCCCAGCCCAAAACCAAGGCCCACUCACGAUCCAGCGACGUUUUCGGCAAAUUAGAACCCAUCCAAGCUUCCAAUCAUUCCGACCUGGAUCCACGACCUGGUCCCUCUGGCUCCCACAACCGAUCUCCGGGUCGUAGUCUUGACAAUACCGUUCCGGCUGGAGAAGAAAAUGAUACCGAUGAUGAGAGUGAUGAUGGGGGCAGUGGCAGCAAUAGCGAGAGUAGUAUUCAAUCAAAAGACAAAAGAGAUGCCCACAUUGACAUCGACUCAGAUGAUGAUAUUCUCGUUUCGCCUAAUCGUCGCUCUCCAGUUGCCAGACAGACUUCUCAAAGCGGCUAUUCGGGCAGCGAUGCGGAUUCGGAUGCUGCGAACGCCCACUCAGAAUCCGAUGAUCGACACUCGGAUUCGUCAAGCGAUCGUGGUCCCGCUUCUCAAGAAUUUAGUGCUUAUAGCUCCUCCUUUCUCAACGAUAACGUAUCAAAUGAUCAAGAAGAUAUCGUUUCGAUCGAGGACUCAAAUAUCUCUAAUUCAUCCAAUUCAUCCAAUUCCCUACAAAUUCUAAGUCGAAUUGAACCUGGCCGAGAGCAAGCCCCAAAAGAACUCGGAGAUCAAGCUGAAAUCGAUUCAAGUUCUUCGAGUAUAGUCGUUCAGCCACGUCAUUCAGAACCAAAGUCACCAACAUCCAAGCAAUCCUUCUCUCCUGGUGCUGGGCCAUCCCGCGAGUUGGGGGCGUCGAAGUUGCCAGAGAAAGAACUCGAAGAAGGUGAAAUUGAAGAGGGAGAAUUAGUACAAGAGGACGAUGCAGAUCUUGACCUAAGGGAUGAUCAAGAAAAACUGGUUCCUGGUGACAUUUCGGUUACUGAACCUUUCGUUUCCGCUCCCGAGAAACCUCAAGACCUCGAUCAAAAUAUCCAUCCUGCUUUCAGACAACAGGAAUCAGCGAAUGUGAUUCAACAAAGCGAUGAUCAUACUUUUGGCCCCAAAAUUGUUGAUCAGCCUAGCGACAUGAAUCCCCUUGUUUUAUCUGUCGCUAAAAUUGGAAAUCUAUCACGGACGGGAAGUUUCUCAGCCGAUGGCGCGAUGAUUUUUCGGCCGUCUAGUGAAAGUUCGAUGAGUCUCGACUCAGAUCAAGGCGCCGAAGAGGCGCAUGAUUUCGACAAAACAGAAGCACCCGGUGAUGUUGAUGGUUCGCCGAUAAUUGAACAUGGUCCUCAUUCUGCUGAUCAAUCUCAAAGUUCACCAUCGAGAGUACUUGACCAAUCUCAGCCUCAAUUAUCCUAUCGCCCUGAAAUCCAGUGUGCUGAUUCGGAAUUAGUCCAAGAUGUAUAUUUUCUGCCAAUCAACCCCGCGUCUGAACCAAAGCGAGACCCUGAUGAAGCCAAGGUGGGAAAUGAGUUAGUGUCUGGCGAGAUGAGGAUAAAAAUCCAAGAGGCGAACCCCGAUUCGCACGGGGCCACUCAAGUUGUCUCGCCUGUACUUGAUCCCCGCGAAGUUCAAUCCGCACCGAACUCAACCGAAAAUCCACUGGAAGAAGAGCAAGUCGAAGAUGACAAUGACUUAUUCGAGGGCGAUGAAGAUCUGAGAUUGCACCGCCUCGGACUUGAGAAAUCGCGUCUCAAUGAUUCAAAUCAAACUGAGGAGGCAGCUCCUCCUAGUGAAGGUGGCGAUCGGUGCGUAACAAUCGAAAACGAACUCGAAAGCUUCUUGGCACGCACUACCGAGCCACAACUGUCCGAGGCAGCAGACAGGACUCAUGCAACUGUCCGCGAAUUGCUUCAUUCGCUCGCUGCUUGUAACGGCACUGCGCUUACCACAAAUUCAUCCGCCGCCGAUCACACCGUGGUCCAGCAGCCUUUGGAAGCUGACAGACACGCGGUGGAUCGAUCUGCCGACCUAACCGUCGUCCAAGAUGAUCACUCGAUGACAGCUACCACCGAAACUCUACAGCAAGACCUUGUUGUCACGCAAACGGACAAUGUCCCGGUCAGCACGGUGAACGAAGCUCAAUUGUGCACAUCGCCUGGCGUUCACACCGCGGCUCAUGGAGCUUCGGAAACUGACAGACACGCGAUGGAUAAUUUUGCCGCCCCAACCGUCGUCCAAAAUUCUCACUUGAUGACUGCUAGCGCUGAAAUUCUACAGCAAGACCUUGUUGUCACCCAAGCUCACAAUACCCUGGCCAGCACGGUGGACGCAGCUCAAGCUGAUCAAGUGGAUCCAGCCCGGCCUUCUAUAGACGUCCUAUGGGGAGAGAUUACAUCCUCUCAGGUGACAGAAGAAAGCCGCAUGAACGAAGUCGAUUUCUUCCCUCUGAAACCGUCUGAUCCCACAAUUUCCAAUGCAGCUUCUUGGUCGCCCGCAUUGUCUGCCAACAUCGCAAACAACCCUGAUCAUGCGAGGACUGACCUAGACGGUUCUACUGAUGUGAAGUCCCCAAUAAUCUCACUCACACUUCCUCAGCGUUCCAACUUGCGUCAAAGUGUCAAUCUCGACGCAGAUGCGAACUCAACUGGUGCAGCUCCUAAGGCUUUCCCUGGCGAUCAGAACCUCCCAUCAACAAUCGAUCCCCAACAAUUGUCGUUAUCCCACGAUCAAGAGGAUUACGACAUGUUGGCCUCGAGUCUUGCAGACGGCAACUCAGAUAUUGUUCCAGCUGAUUCCAAGGAGGAUCCUGGUAAAGCCGCCUGUGAUCAACAUGUGAAAAUGGCGUCUGAUGAAAGUUUGGAACCACAAUCUGCUGAUAAGACUCAUGAGGAUAAGCCGCAAGAUGAAAAACCUUUGGUCAGUGACAAACCGAUCCAGAAUGAACUGGGAGUUGAUAACGACCAAUCCAUCCAAUCUACUCAGCUUGCACUUCCCCAUUGCGAAAACACCGUUGGCUCCCCGUCACCUUCUAAAGAACCGAUUAGCACCACAGAAGAAUCUGAUCAAAUGCUGUCGGAAUUUAUAAAUUCUAGUCCUGAAGCGGAGGACGGCCCAAAACUAUUUGAUCCACCGGCGCCUGUUUCGCCAACUCACAGUACGACUAUAGUGCCGGCAGUUACGUUUGCUACUUCUCCACCUGUGGAAAUGGACCGGUUUGAGCGAUUCGAUCAUCAAUCUGACGCUGAUGAGACGCAACUAGGCGUCGUGUUGAAUGUUGAACAACCGAACUCUGCUUUUGAACCUCUGACGCCGAGGACGAGCACGACCGUAGGCCAAGGAACUUCGUCAGAGUGCUCGGAAAGGCACUUGUCAAGGGGCUCAGCCUAUUCAGCGCCUUCAUCAGUAAUCUCAAGUGAUGCAGCUUCGGUGCCGGCUUCGGUUGGGCCGCCACCGCCUCUGCACAAUGCCUCGAUGGGUGCACCUACCGAAGCUGUUGGGUUGUCCAAUCAAAUGACGCGUCGUUCGUCCAUUGACUCUAGCACACACGCCGAGCCGCCAUCUCCCUCAACCUCCACUCGACAGCGUAGCGCGCCAAUGUCUCAGGAACAAGUUAACGCUCCAGGACUGCCGCACAUAGAGGAGACAGACGUCGCAUUUUCUCCGGAUGAUUUACCAGACCCGCUUCGAUCCCCGCCCCCUCUAAACCAACAAUUGCUCCCAAUUUGUCCGGCAGAAAUCAACACCCCGGUAUCACGAGCAUCAAGCAUGAUGGCUCACCCCCCGUCGCCAUCAUUCUCUAAUCUCUUGGAAGGCUCUCAUAUGUCUAUUGGAACAUCGCACCGAGAUGCGUCGCCGCAAUUUGACCCGACGCUUUCAUUGCCUGAUCCGAUAGCAACCCCACUACCUGUAUCAGUCCCAGCAAUCAAACUUGAAGAUCUGCCCAACGCUUGCUUAUCAAUUGAAAGACACCGUUCCCUGAAUUCCAGCGCUGAUAGUCAACCAGCAACAUCCCCACGCUUUGAAAAGUUUUCAUCAUCAAUGAUCGCUCCGCCACAGAGCGCGGAUGCCUUAAUAGAGAAGAAUGUUCAAGCCGUCGGUGAAAUCAAUUCCUCUGAUACCAAAGCGCCUUUGCCUUCACCUACUCACCCUAUGGCCACCCACCCCGAGGAACCCAAUGGUUCCCUUUCGCCCCCUACUUCCAAGGUUUUGGACACGGAUAAGCCCAGCCAACAGUCCCCAGAACCGCCGAUUCCGGUCCUAAAUUCACAGGAUCCCCAAAGUCAGCCUGCAGAGAACGAGAAAGACGGCCAGAUCUCCAAUGAGAAAGAUAACCCUGAGUUGCGAAGUCCAUUGCCAGCUACAUCACCUCAGACUCCCGGCGUGACGUCUGAUCUGGCUCCCCCCUUGGUUGAUGAGCAAGUGGCCUCCAAGCAAGAUUUAACUAUCACGGAAACGGCAACCCACUUGCCAGACGUUCGUGAAGAUAGAGCCACCAAAGAGUUGGCAAAUGCUAUCCUGGAUGUCCAACCAGGUUCCACUGUUGACGAGGAGGUAGUGCAUGUGGAAAUCAAACCAGAUACAGUCGAGGACCGCGAGGUAGACCCCAAGGUAGAUGCCGAGCCAGAUUCGGCGGCCGGCGAGUCUCAAAAUCCUUCCGAGUUGGUCGAGCCUCCAGAGAGCCCGUCCCAGCUUGGCCCCACCACUCGCAAUAAACGCAAAAGACAAAGUCCGCCAAAAGAUCCAAACGGGGCCGCACGUUUGCGAGAGAUGAAAGCUGAAGAGCAGGCAGAGCAAGAUCGUGAAUCGCAGCUACGAGAAAUUCUCCGGAAACGAAGAGCCUCGAAACAACUGGCACCUCAAGCAGUACCGGAGUCAAAGGAAACGGAAAAGCCGAUCAACCAAGUCUCGCCGUCCGUUGAAAGCAAGAAAAAGAAAAUUGUUAAGAGGGAAACUAAACCCGUCCAAGGCGACGGUAAUUCAGAGGGCGAACUUGAAUCCAAUAAUGCAUCUGACGCUACUGAAGUUGAGUCCAAGGGACCUCUAAUUCGAAGCAGCCUGCCCCGUGCUGCAAAGAGAACGUCGAUGGCGCCAAACAGCCUGGCCCCACCCGCUCUUAUCAAAAGUCCCUCCAACGCCACCACACGAUCUGCAUCCCCUCGUCCGCCCCCCUCUAGUCCGUUUAAUACUCACAUCGGCGAACAAUCUUCCAAUUCCUUCUUGGUUUCUGAGCGCGAUGAUCCGUCUCUUACCGUCGGCAAUAGAAGGUCUUCGAGGAACUCUCGAUCGACUCUCAGUCCGGUUGCUCCUGCUAGCACAGUCUCGGUCAUGGUACCUCGGCUCCAACCCGAAGAUUUGAUUCCCAAACUCCGUCUACAUCAACAUAACUCGAAAAACAAGCUAUUCAAUCUUCAAACCGAACACCCAAACCUCGAAAGCUCGCAGCAGAGUAGCGCGGAAGGCACGGAACCCAAGCCGGUUGUUGGGGUACGUACUGGUCGACGCAAGCAGUCUGAGGGCACUGAAGCUCGUCAACUACCACCUUCUCUGCCACCGGUCACUCGAUCACAUUGUCAUUUCAUCAGGCUGCAGUUUCCCCAGGCAGCCGGACGCAGAUUUGAUACCUUCCUGGUCCCCCAAUGUGCGACAGGAGAAGAGGUGAUCAAGAAGAAGAUGAAGGAGAUGGGAAUGGCCGAGGAUGAUAACUUGACGGGGGAGGAACAGAGUAGAGGGAUCAGGAUUGGGCCUGAUGGGCACAAACAUUCCGAGGAAAGAAUCGAGCAUCCGGUGUUAUUAACUAUCAAGCCCGAGUAUUCGACGUUCGCGGUCGAUGAGGAGACGUUGAACAUCCUGAUCGAGAUCUUUGGACUCUCGUUGAUCCAAGACGGGCAGGUUGAAGUCUUGUUACCGAAGUCGUACUUCAGCAGGUUUGAUGCUGAGGACGGGUACGAAGAGCUGGGAGACCCACUCCAGCGAUCCGAGUGCGACCGAGAGCUCAGCUUUUCCUCGCUCAGCUCCAGGAACGAGCCCCAUCUUUCCCAUGGAGGCGCCAGUCAAGCUGGUCCAUCUAGGAGUAGCCACAACCGUCGCAAACGUAGAGCUCAGUCUCCCCCUUCCUCUUUGUACUCUAGAGCCUCCUCCCCUCGCUCCUCUUCUUUUCUUUCUCCUACUGAACCUAAGACACACCAUAAACGUAGACGAUCUAAUCAGGUCGAAGAAACCUGA